UGUUUCGCGCCUUUUGACAUUUUAUCUGACGAGUUUUUUUUUUGUGCACACGCUUUUUUCAUCACAGAAGUGAAAAAUUGUGCAUUUUCUUCGUGAAUUGUUAGUGAUAUUUUGUAAAUAAAGUGUCGUGAAGCACAGUGAGGGCUUAAUAGAUAAAUCCACCUCUGCAAAAAAUGUCUUCAGAUCGUGAUUGGGAUUUGUGCUUUGAGACAAUAAACAGACUUGUAGAUGAGGCUGGAAAGAUUAUUGCCAGCCGAAAUUCUGGUGCCAAAACCAUAUCUGAGAAGACGGACGACAUUGAUCUACUUACGGAGACGGAUCAGCAAGUUGAGAAGCUCCUGACUGAGGCUCUUCAUGAGAAAUUCCCAUCCCACAAAUUCAUCGGUGAGGAAGCUUUUGGGGAGGGCAACCGUUCUCAGCUAACAGAUGAUCCCACGUGGAUAAUUGAUCCUGUCGAUGGGACAAUGAAUUUUGUCCACAGCUACCCACAAUCAUGCGUCUCUGUGGGACUGUGGGUGAAUAAAUCCCCCGAAUUGGCCAUUGUCUACAAUCCCAUCUUCAAUCAGAAAUUCACAGCACGACGUGGCCAGGGAGCCUUCUACAAUGGGCAACGGAUUCACGUGUCCGGCGAGAAGGCACUCAACAAGGCGCUCAUUACGACGGAAUUCGGCACAAGUCGCGACGCUGAUAAAGUUCGUGUGACCCUUGAGAAUCUCGCAAAGAUCGUCCCAGCAGUUCAUGGGAUACGUGUAACAGGAUCAGCUGCUCUAAAUAUGUGCAUGGUGGCACAAGGAGCUGCCGAUCUCAACUACGAAUUCGGCCCUCAUGCUUGGGAUAUGGCUGCUGGGGAUCUAAUUGUUCGCGAAGCUGGUGGGGUAACAAUGGAUCCCUCUGGAGGGCCCCUGGACAUCAUGUCCCGGCGUGUCCUGGCUGCUAGUUCGCAGGAACUAGCUGAAAGCUUCAUUAAGCUCCUCACUCAAUUCUACCCACAGCCCCGUGAUGAUUAACACUUGGAGGACCCAACAUUUGGCACAACGCGGAGGAUCAAAUUGGUAAUAAGUACCAGUUGAUAAAAUAUUCUCAAUAAUUUAUUAUUAAUCAGUUUAUUGAACGAGGAUCGAAAGUUUCACUAAUUCUUGAUCUCCUUCAAGCAUUCCUGCACCUAAUUACUAAAUAUUUAAUUGAGAAAAUCGUUACUGGAAAAAAAUUGCGUAGAAUCGAUGCAAAAUUGCCAAUUCAAACGACUUUUUAGCUACAAUUUUACAUAAUUUAUUAUUGCGCCUAAAUCAUCACAAAAUUUGAUUCUUCAAGUAACUUUUUAGUCACUUCCGGCAAUAAAAUUGGUCCAUAUUAAUGAUUUUCACUGGAGAAAAGUGAACAAGAGUACGUUAUUUGAGAAAUAUGGGGAAACAUAACCUCAAAAUCAUGGCUGAAAUGUAUGGGAUUUUGACUGGUAAUGAUUACCAAUUUGAUCCUCCGCGUUGGAUUCUGACUUUGACCUCAAUUAUCUUCCAAAUAAAAGACUUUUCUCGCGAUUUUCUUUCUGCUAUCUUAAAGUAAUUAAAAUUCCCUACACAUAGAUGCUAAAUUCAUCGAGAUAAGUCCAAUAGAUUUUAUUUUGUGACGAUUUUAAGGUUCCAAUUGGUAGCAAGUACCAGUAAAGUCCUCCGAGUGUUAAGUUCAUCGUCACUUCGGAGCGUCAUCAAAUUCUGCUUAUAAUGAUUUUAUCUAAUUUAUUACAGCAUUGUUUUCAUGUUGUGUUUGUGCAAAUGAGCCUGUAGAAUAAACAAUUGAAUGUGCUAA